AUUUUUUUGCUGAAAAGAGCAGCCUCAGAAAAGAAAAAAAUUUAUAAAUUAAAGAUGGCAACAAAUGGUGGGAGUCUUGAAGACUGCUAUACAAAUGUUUUUGCUGUGACAGAAUUGAAUGGACUACGGUGGAAAUGUUUAACGACACCAGUACCGUCACAGCGUACAUGGACGAGUAUUGAGCAGGAUCCAGUUUUAAUGGCAUAUUCGAAAUGUCUGCAAGCGGGUAUUUUAUGCGCAUGGAGAAGGCAACCACCAUCAUCAACUACUACAAAUAAUCCUUUGCUAAUACCCGAUUAUCGCAUUGAUGUAGUAAAAGAAUUAUGGGUUUUUUGGUAUUCGCAAGAAGAACCUGAACUGCUUUCACAGUUCACCAGUAAUGAAAAUAGUCAUGGAAAUUGGUCGGUUCCGGGUAUUCAGUAUGAAAUAAGAACAUUAUUUUUUAAAGCAUUUCAUAAUUUAUAUGAAAGGCAACUUAAUAGAAACGGAUAUGUACGCAUUGGAAGAUAUUUUACACGGCCAUAUGAUGUUCCUUCAGCCGAUCGUAUUCAAUGCUCACCUGGUUAUAUUCUUGGAAUAAACUUCAAUUUUUUCGUACAUGGUGAAAAUACUAUGUGUACAAGUGUAAAUUUUCAACGGCAACCAACGUUAUUUCGUUUAUCGAGGAGGCAUUUGGACAACGGGAAAAGGCAACCAAUAAUUCUUGCUCCCUGGUCUUUGCGUGCCACUUUGCUGCCUGAUCAGCCAAAAACUUUUGACGAUCUUAUCGUUCGGCGUGUGUAUACCGGUGAAACAGGUUUUCUUUUCAGUGUUGCCAAAAAUGGCGAAAAUGCAGUGCCAACAAUGGUUUUGGUCGAUGUAGAUGGUGUACGUUUGUGGUAUCCUAUCAUCUUUCUUUAUUGUUUAUUAACUAAUGAAAAAGUGAUAAAUCUCUGUAUAUUUAAAGAUAUGUCAAAAUUUGAUCCAAAACAUACAAAUAUUAUAUAUAAUUUUUGUUGUAAUUUUUUCAGUCGAUCCAACACUCUAUCGCAAGUUAUAGAGAAUAAUAGUUCAGCUGCAGUACGAAUUCAUCCUGAAGGCAAAUCUCUUGUAUUGGCUGUACUUCUACAAGAUACUGUACUUGAUCUUCAUUAUGAUACAGUUUUCGAUUCUUGUCCUAUAUGCUCUUGUAAUGGAAACAUUCGUGCAAAGGAAUUUGGGAUGUAUAUAACUCCACCGGAAAUCUUACGUCAGCCUUUAUCACAGCAGCAGCUAGUCGUGAACAAACCUACUAGUGGUUUUUAUAACAAUGGUGCCGCAAAUACUUGCACAUGCGGUUUUAGCGCGGUAAGACAUAGAUAUUUAAGUAUGAAAGCAGGUUUGUUCGCUGAAGAUGCCAAAGAGGCUACUGAUAUUACUGAAAGUCCAAAUCAACCAGUUAUACCUCAUGCUAUAUGGUUCGAUCCGAUGAGUGGAAGUCCUCAAUUUCAGUUUGAGCGAAUAGGAUCCGAUAUGUCGAAGCAUGGUGAAUAUAUAAUCUCAGAAGUGGAUCAACGUGAACUACCUCUUGUUUUCCAGGCUGCUUGUGAAAUUGCAUGCAUGGAAAUGAAUAGUCAUCCACCACCUCGUGAUGUGCGAAGCGUUUUACUUCAUGAUUGGGGAAUUCAGAUUGCAAAUGAAAUGCGCGAGCCUCGAGAAUCGGAAUGCCUAGCUGCUUUACGUGAAAUUGCACCCAUCCUUGAAGGUGCUUUACGUAUUGCGCGGUCAGCUUCACAAUACAGCAAUAACAACAUUGUGGAAGGUCCUCUCACUUGGCGACUUUUUGAUAGAAAAUCUCUAAAGUCAUGUGGUGGAAUGUUUUACGAAAUUCCUAUUUUGUCUGACUACUUUGAUCUUAAAUUUAAGGAUGAAGAUGGAUGCCCAGAGCCAGUGCCUAAUAUCAUGGUAGCUUCAGAAAAGGAUGCAAUAACAGCUUCACCGCAAAUUUUACGAAUGUGGGAAAAAUUUGCUUUGGAACCAUACGAUCAAACGAAAGAUGUUCUCUACAUUGGAGUGGUACCUGAUAGCAUUGUUUGCAUCGAAAGAUCCAAAAAAUAUUUUGAAGAUCUUUCCCGAAUGUACGAACAAUGUCGGUUAGGCCGACAUAUACCGUUUGCCAAAGAAUCUUUAAAGGAUGGAAUUCUACGAGUUUCGAUGAGAUAUCCUUCUACAAAUCCAGGCGAUUGUGAUAAUUUUCUAAAUCAGGUUGAACGACACAUUGGCGAUAACAAAUCUCUUAUUGCCAGACUUAAGAUUUAUAAACAAUGUUUCGAAAAUGAGGUAGCCCGCAUUCUUUUAAACAAUGAUUGCAUUUUCAAUCGGGAAACGUACAGGACAUUGCUUCUUGAGAACCAGGUAAAAUAUUCUUUUCAAGAUAUGUACUCAGAAAAAUUCGGCCAGUUUUUUCAAUGUCCAAACAGUGUUGGCGCUUCCUGUUCCAUUAUUGGUUGCAUUGGUGAACCUCUGACACCUGAUAAUUUGACUGCCGGUGAUAAUUCCUCACAAGUUCCAUCAAGUUCAACUUCCUUGUUAAAUGAACAAGUGUUAGAUGGGGUUGUACCUGAUGAUGAGCCUGGCACAUUACCUCAUGUGAUUGUGCUUUAUGUGAUUAACCCAUUUCUCAUUGGUGUAGAGGAUAAUUCUUUGGUUGCUCGAGUAGUAACUGUUGCCUUGAUGAGAUCAUUCAGUGCCUUAUUAUAUCGUUUAAAUACGAGACGUCGUCCUCAACUUCAACUUGAAAUUAUUGGUCUGCAAACUAUUUUUGAUUAUACAGCAGUUACAUCUGAUUUUCUAAAAGACGAUUUUGGAAGAUUAAAUGCGUUUGAUCAAGAAAAAUCGAUAAAUGAAAGGUUGUCAUCAGUUGAUGCAUUGAAAACCACUGCAUUUUCCGUCUAUACUCAAUCGCGCAUUGUUUUACCAGAAGUAGUGCGGGAUAUACUUCCAAAGAGUAUGACUCGAUUUGGUCCAUCAGCGGCGAUGGGUGAUUUAUUAAGCGAACUAGAUAAGAAGGAACCUAUAUUUUAUAAGCAAUUACAAUUUAAGGUGCCCAGUAAAGCAUUCAUUCUUGCUCCUCCUCAGCCCGUUAUGUUACGGCCAAGUGGAGAUUUGAUGCAAAUUAACACUGAUGAGACUAUAUUAUUUGUUAGUUACUGUUUAGUCGGUAAUGAUUGGCUUGCCGCUACUGUAACUGAUCAUCAAGGGCACCUGCUUGAUAAUUGCUUGAUCAACUUGAGGGUGAAUAUGCGGUAUAAACAGUCAACGCAAAUUCGUGAUAGUUUAUAUCGCCUAUGGUCUUAUAUUUUGGGAACUUUGGCUACCGGAACCAAAAAUUGGCGACUUGUUAUUGGGCGACUUGGAAGAAUUGGACAUGGCGAAUUUAAAUUUUGGACACAGCUUCUGAAUAAAUCGUAUUUGAAGCAAGUAGGAUCGCGAAUGAAACAUGCUUGUCGUUCCUGUCAUAUGAUUUCUAACAUUUUGGAAACUCCUGGCAUAUUAUCAGCUUGUCUUGUUAGCUUAGAACCAGAGCCAUAUAUACGAAUAUUUCCAUCAUCUUUUCAACACGAUGAACGUUUUUCAAAAAGUGCCCGUUAUCGUACUCUAACAACUCCAGAUGAUUCAAGCUGUACACACAUACUUGUUUUUCCUACAAGCCCAGAGAUAAAUGUUUACGACGAUUUUUCUAAUCUUCUCACUACAGAUAUCAGUAUUAUUGGUGACGAUUUUUCCGAUCUAAUUGUCGAUGGAGAAGAUUUGAUGACAAAUCCGACUGGUCCACCACCUAAUUCAGCUACUUUUAGGAUUAGUAGCAAUACAGGAAUACCAAAUGAAUAUGGAGAAAUGUCGAUUGAAAACCAACCAUUAGCUACUGGAUAUUAUAUUUCAACGGCACCGGCCUCAGAUUUGCCUGAUUGGUUUUGGUCUUCAUGUCCUUUCGUGAAACGAAGGAAUCCUGUUCACUUGAAAUGUUCUCUUCACCUAAACACUCCGAAUGUUCAACAAGGCGAUGAUAUUUCUUCGUUUGGUGCUAAAGAAGCCUGCCAUCACCAGUUGGAUAGUCAAGCUACCGCCGAUGUUUUACGUUAUGUACUGGAAACAUAUAACGCACUUUCAUGGUUAAAUAUUGAUUAUGUCACUGGAGAGCGACGUUCAUGUCUGCCGAUACACAUACAAGCUCUUAAUCGACUUUGUAAUACAGUUAAUCGGCUUAUCAAUUAA